AUGAAGUCACGGAAGCGAAGGCCGAAGCGGAAACCGCAACCGCAAUGGCAAUGGCAAUCGCAGUGUCCUCCCAAGAAGAAGCUCCGUUCUCAGCUGCCUCGUCGGAAACGGACUCGGAUUUCUCCUAUUCUCUGCUCGCCGUCGUCGGAUUCGGCUGCUCGCUGUAGGAGCUUUGGUUGCGUUUCUUCUUCCUUUCCUGCGGAGUCCAGUUCCGGUUCGUUCCACGGAGGAGGAGGAGGUGAGGUUUCUAGCCAACUCGACGCGGUUUUUCGAUUGGAGCCUAAUGCUGUGAGUGCGAGGUUGAAUUUGAGGAAGAGGCGGUUCGGUUCUGUAGAAUUGAAUUUGGAUGCAGCUUCCAAUGGAGGAGCGGGAGGUUGCUUUAAGGAGGAGUGUGAGGUUAAGAAAGAGAGGAAGGAGGUUGGAGCGGGGAGUAAUGUGGAAGUGUCUGAGUCGUCUUGUGUGGAGUCCAAUUCUGGAGUUGAUUUUGGUGUUCUCGGACGAAGUAGCUCAAAGUCGAAGAGUAAGAGUGAUUCCAGGAGAAGUAUUGGAGAAAAUGAAGAUCAAGCGGAUAAUGGAAUUCUGAAGUUCGAAAUGACUGAUGCUGAUGUCUCGUCGAAGCUCUGUGGAAAGGAAGCUGUUCCACUCACUCCUUGUUUAGAGUCUUGCGCUGAAUCUGUCUUCGAAAGCGUCUGUUCGUUCGAAGAGAAAGGAUUAGAGGUAGAGGAGAACAGAGUAUGGGAAUUUCAGUUACCUGAGAUACCGAGAAAUGGUAUCGGCGAAAUUUUCACUGUUUCGAGGUCGAACUCGACGAUAGAACAGUGGCCUAACGGCUUGAAGUUUGAAUCGGAUCUUGCUUGCACGGAGCAAUUCUCUUACGAGGAUGUCUCGGAAUACUCUAGCCAGGCGUUUUCCGAGCUUCAGUCAACUAUGAAUUCGGAUACGGACUUCUCAGAUUAUACUCCUUCAAUUUUCUUGGAAACCGGAAGCGAAUUUUCAGAGAGAUCGAACGAAGAGGAAGCUCCUUCAUCAACAUUUACCUUCUUGCUGCAGUACAGACGAGAGUUUCUAAGAUUAACCGCCUCCCAAGACAUUAGCACCACCUCGUCUAUUGAAGAAGAGAAUGUAGAUCAAUCUACGAUUUUGAGAUUCGAAGAAUUGGACGAUGAAGAAAGCUAUCAAAUGCUCAGAAACAGAGAAAGACGGCAAUUGAUUAUUGGCGACUAUGUAGAGGAGUACCGCUCCACGACGGAUUAUGGCGAUCUCAUUCUCCAGCAACGGUCAAAAAUGGUCCAAUGGAUAGUUGAACGAUCAAAAGAUACCAAACUUCAUCAGGAGACAACAUUUUUAGGAGUCGCACUCCUCGACCAGAUUCUGAGCAAAGGAUUUCUCAAGGCUGGAAGAAACCUUCAAAUUUUGGGCAUAGCAUGUCUUACUUUGGCGGCUAGAUUUGAAGAAAAUCAGAUAUGCAGCAGUUUGCGGCAAAGGAAUUUCAAUGUAGGGAGCAACACAUAUAGCAGAUCUGAAGUUGUUGGUAUGGAAUGGCUUGUUGAAGAAGUCCUAAAGUUCCAAUGUUUCCUGCCCACUGUUUGCAACUUCUUAUGGUUCUACCUGAAAGCUGCUGGAGCUGACUCAGAUUUGGAGAAUCGAGCCAAGAACUUCGCAUUGCUCGUUCUAUCUGACCGAGUCCAAUUUUGUUAUUUUCCUUCAACUAUUGCAGCUGCCCUUGUCAUCCUGGCCUCCCUAGGAGAAAAACAAGAUACACCACGCCAACGAGUAAUCGAGACGCAUGUCAGAACAGAAAACGAUGAUCUGCCCGAAUGUAUCGAGAGCUUGGAGUGGCUAUUAAAGUUUUUAUGAUGCCUGACAGCAACAGCA